AUGAUUAUCUUCACCUGCCACCUCCAGCGUGUCGUCGACGCACUACCAUCAGGUGGGCAAAUACCAAAGACAGACAACUCCAUCAUCUACGUCGUCAGCGGCAAUGUACAUACUUCAACCCUUCCUCCGCCUUCUCAAGGAAUCUACGACAUCUCCUAUGCCAUCCGUGCUGCACAUCAUUUUCUCUCAACACCUUUCAAGAGCAAUACCCACGAAGGCACAGAUGCUCCAGAAGAAGUGCUCAAGGGCGGUGCAUUCUACCGCGAGUGUGCAGCUGUUAACUUGCGAAUACGGAGUCCUGCAACAGCUGACGCUACCGAUACGCAGGUGCCGGACGAUGGAGAAUUGGAGGGCGUGCAUCUUGGUCAGGCGGUGUGGGAGGGGCGUUGAAGGUGCGUUGAAGGUGCGUUGAAGGAGUGGGAGAAAGUGACCCUGCAAGGCAGUGAGAAGGCUGGGUGUGAGGAUGGACUGUCGGUUGAUACCCCGAGCAGUGACUUAGAGAUGUAGGACACGGACUUGUGUAUAUUGGAUUAGGGGGUAUAUUAUCUUGCUUGGAUACCAUCGCUCUAUCUCCAUUUCUAUGGAAUAUCCUGCAUUCAGGAAUAUCAACCACUGCUUCAGAAUCACCCAUAACCACGGCUCAUAUCAUCGAAUGUGUACAGCAUAAUACCUCGUGAGUUAUACUCCGUGUUUCGUGGAGUGAUAUAUGAUGAUUAAUG